AUGAUUAGUAUUCGUCUUCCACAAUCAACAUGCAAUUCAACAAAGCGCGCAUUGCACGCGUCCUCGUGCAGACCCAAGCCCAUCUUUGAGCCACGCUUAGAAGACGAUGGCCUUUUGAUCCAUGAUAAAUACUCGGAGAUUCGAGAAAAAUACGAUUCUCCGAAACAUCCAAUCGUUCUUGCCCAUGGGCUGCUUGGCUUCGAUGAACUGCGCCUAGCUGGUCCCUAUCUUCCAGGUGUUCAGUACUGGCGUGGGAUUAAGGAGGCACUUUCUGCGAAAGGGAUUGAAGUCAUCACUGCUACUGUUCCCCCGUCCGCUUCUAUUGAGGAACGUGCCGAGGCGUUAGCCCGUGAAAUUGAAGCUGGGGCGCGCGGUAAAGAUGUCAAUAUCAUUGCCGGCCUCGACUCCCGAUACAUGAUUAGUCGACUUCGACUAGAGAAGUUUAAGGUGCUAUCACUAACAACCAUUGCCACUCCACAUCGAGGUUCUGCUGUGGCAGACUACGUCUUAGACCAGAUUGGAGCCGACCGUCUUCCCCAGAUUUAUUACGCAUUGAAUCGACUCUCCGUCGAAACAGGAGCUUUCAGCCAGCUAACGAGGAAAUACAUGUCCGAGACAUUCAAUCCAAAUACACCCGACGUUGAAGAUGUUCGAUAUUUUUCCUACGGUGCAGCUUUUGAGCCUAGUAUUUGGUCUGUGUUCCGCCUGUCCCACAAGAUUCUCGCCGAGGUGGAAGGGCCGAAUGAUGGCUUGGUCAGCGUGGCGAGUAGUAACUGGGGAGGUGGGAAGGGAUACAAAGGGACACUAAUGGGAGUCAGCCAUCUGGAUCUUAUCAACUGGAGCAAUCGAUUGAAAUGGCUGGCUGGAGAGGUAAUGGGACAACGGCGGAAGUUCAACGCUAUUGCUUUAUAUCUGGAUAUUGCAGAUAUGUUGGCGAAAGAAGGUCUUUAA